AUGCUGCGUCGACCAUACGAUGCGUAUCUUUACAAUGACACCAUCAUGUUCGGACGCCACACCGAGAAGCAAAAGCUCCUGAACUUCAUGCUGCAGCACAGUUCAAGCUCGCCUGGUGGUACGCCUGCUAUUCUCCCGAUCAUUGGUGCUCCUGCGGUCGGGAAGAGGACUCUGGUGGCCCAUGUAUGCAAGGACGAGAGGGUCAGCUCACACUUCUCUUCGAUUCUGCACCUGAAUGGAGACUCCUUCCGCAGAAUCGCAGACCAUGAUCGGAGCUUCUUGCCAGGGAAGAUACUGGUGGUUAUUGAGCUUGUUGCAGACGUCGACGAGAAGGAUUGGGCCGAGUUCUGCUCAACCUUGGCAAGCAUGGAUAGUGGAAGCAAGGUGAUCAUUAUCAGCCGGCUUAGAAGUACAGAGCGAUUCGGGACAGUGCGGCCGAUCUUCCUUAACACCCUGUCAUACGAGGAGUUCAGCUACCUCUUCAAGACACUCGCAUUCGGGAGCGCAAACCCGGCGCAUCACCCGCAGCUGGCACGGAUUGCAGACGAAUUGGCCGAGGAGUUCCGGAUGGAAUGUUCGCUCGUCGGCACAAACAUAUUCGCGGAUGUGAUGAGGAGGAAUCUGAACGUCCAUUUCUGGUUCGGCAUGCUGAGCAGGCUGAGAAGAUUUGCUGAGAGGAACGUCUCCAUGUUUGGGGAACACCCGAGGUUGCUCGUCGAGAGACGCCAUCAGAUAGACGUUACGGACUUCGUCUUGCAUCCUGCUGCUUCUCCGCUCCGCAUCGUGCCUUCCUGCACCAGUUGCAGCAGCCGCACUGAGGUUACAGCGGAGAGGGCAUCUCUGCCGAGGGUGAGGCUUGGAGAUCUUAUGAUGGAUCCUGGAGUCCGACCGCAAGGGGAUUUCAAUGUGGUUUCCUGGGAAUCAAGGUUGCCUCCUUACACCUCAUUUGUUCAUUUCGUUCCAAAUGGAAAUGGUGCUCCAGGUUUGGCGAAACAGAGUAUUCCCCUGUCUGGGAGGAAGCGUCCAGCAGUGGCUUUGUAA